GGACUUUCCAGACUCAGCUCCGACCUGAGAUCCCACCACGAAGUUCAGCUGCAGCAUCUGGAGAGAAGAAAGACAUGAAGCCAGUCCCCCUGCUCCUGCUCCUCUCCUCGGUCCUCCUCUCAUCUCACCUCCGCCCCACCGCCGGCAGACCGCGCAUCCUACCCGGCUGGCUGGAUGGCAGCGGCCGCCUCCAGACGCAGCAGCAACUGGACGAAGUGCUCCUCAGAGCCGCGGCCGCCGCCGGAGACAGCACCGCGUCAGACCUACUGGGCGACAACAUCCUGAGGUUUCUCCAGAAAAGAAACCUGGACCCUGUGCACCUGCUCCCACCAGAGGAGGAGAGCGAGGAGGAGGCGGUGAGGAGGGCGGCGCAGCUGUUGAAACGGAGCGAAGAGUCGCCGCUGUCCAUCGACCUCACCUUCCACCUGCUGAGGAAUAUGAUCCAGAUGGCCAAGAUGGAGUGCCGC